ACACUGAUAACUUAUCUCCUGACUGAACUUGUCCCUUUAAAACCUUUGAUCUCUGACGCCACGCCCCAUUCAUACAUACCUCCGCCCCUUCGACAUCAACGGCCAAUAGAAAGACAGGAUACCGGCGCGUGAGGCCACGUUGCAUUGAACCUCUCCCAGUUUUUUAAGCCUUUGUACCGGAUAAAGCCGUAGAAAUUUUCUUUUCUUUCUCCCUGACGGCGUGUAAAAUGCUUCUCCGUGCUUUAGAGCUCGUGUUUUUCUUUUAUUUUGCGUCACACAUCCCUAUCACUCUCUUCAUUGAUCUUCAAGCACUCCUACCAGAACACGUGUUUCCUCAAGCUUUUAAAGACGUGCUGCGCUGGUAUGCAUCCGAAUUCAGAGAUCCCAUGGUGCUGGAUCCACCUGUUUGGUUUAAAUCCUUCAUCUUUUGUGAAGCACUCGUUCAGUUGCCCUUCUUUCCUGUUGCAGCAUACGCCUUUUUCAAAGGCGGCUGCAGAUGGAUCAGGACUCCAGCCAUCCUGUAUUCUGUGCACGUGGCCACCAGCUUAAUUCCCAUCCUGAGCCACGUCUUGCUCUAUAACUUCCCACUGGCUCCUCAUCCGGGUCCACAGACAUCCAAGGAGAGAUGGGCACUGGUGUCUAUUUAUGCUCCAUACUUAAUCAUUCCCCUCAUGCUGCUCCUCACCAUGCUUUUUAGCUCCACGUAUAAUUCUGUCUCUCCAAGUGCUAAGGCUUCAUCCAAGAGCAAGAAGCGAAAAUAAAUAAAAAUCUUUAGAUUUCAAUAAAUUGUUCUAUUCAUUCAUGAUUGUCAAAAAAAAACAAACAAGGAUUGUUGAAUCAUUACAAUGUUCUGAAUUAUUAAUAUAAUUUUUGAAGAUUAAUUAUUUGGACCAGAAUGAUUGAGAUAUUGUUGAUUUGAGGAAUGAAUCUGCUUUUCCACACCACAAAGCUGUAUGAUCGAGAACAGACGUAGACAUGUAUGAGCAAAAUAGUUGUAUUCAAAUGUACAUGUUUAUAUAGUGUCUGUCAAAACCAACAGUACUUUGACAAUAAAUAUUGUGAAUAAAGUAUUGUAAACAAAGCAAAUAAAAUGCACUGUUUGGUUACAAAA